GGAUCCGAGUGCCAGCCUCCCAGAAGCUGAGCAGGAGACUGCAGGGAUUUUGCAGGGAGGGAGUUUUGGUGUCAGAGCAGGGGCUGGGCUGGGAGAGUAGGGUAACUGCAUAAAGCUUUGCGGGGGUAGCGCGACUUUAGCGUGAGGGUCUCAAGUUCAGAAUUUUCAGGGAACUCAAAUAGCCUCCGUAUUUUUGUAGCAAGAAAAUCACUUUGACUUUAAAGUGGGAGGCACAGGCCGCCAGAGAGCGGUUUUGGACAGGUGGCGCGUGCGCUCUGGAAAGCUGAGGGCUGGCAGGAGAUGGGGCUUUCCGGAGAAAGAGAAGAAGGGGCCCAGGACCCCACAGCCUACGAAAAUGCACCAUAGGGAGGGGUGGAAACAGCCUAGAGCUGGUGUUACCUCCCACAACAGGUGCCAAGAGCCCAAGACGAGGUGUCAGACCAACGCCAGCGGGUCUCUGCGCUGGCCGCGCCCAGUCCUCUCCAGCUUUACGCACGGGCUUGGCUCGCCCUCUGGUCCCUUGAGGAAGGCAGGGGAACUCCAGCCGCCUUUCCUGAGGACAGGAUUUUCCCUACAGACACGGGCCUUUCUACCAAGGACUCCUAAGGGCAGAAGAAGCCAGAGAUCAGGGCUCUACAUCAGGGCGAGGGACGGGCUGGAAUGGCCAUGGUUGGCCCCGGAGAGGGGCGCACAGCCUGUUGGCGGGUGGCAAGACCUUUGAGUUAAUGUAUAAUUGUGAGCAGAUGGCGGGGGCUGGCGGCAGCCCGGGGCCUGGGCCCAGCUAAUGAGGGACAAUUAGCCCCAAACCCGGUGGGGGUGGUUGAGAGAGUCAGACAGUGAAGGCAGAUAUUUGCUCCUCAAACAGUCUAGCGCGCUGGGCAGAGGGCUGAGUGGCAGAGCCUUUGGGCUCUCUAGGCCCCCCUGCCAGGGCCCUUUACCACUUUUCCCUCCCCCGUCACCUCUGGGUCGAAAGCCUCUGUUUGUUCAGACCCAAGAGCGCGUCAUAAAGGCGGAGGGAGAGGGUAGUUUAUGGGGUAAAUCGCUGCCACCACCAUCUGCCAGGGCUUGUCCCUGCUCCCCCUGAUACCCCUAUCUCCACCCUCAUGCAGCUGUCUAUAGGAAUAGCUGGUCAGGACAUAAGCCUUGAGCCCCUAGAGGCAGGGGCAGAUCUAGCGGGGAAGGAUGAGGCAGGAAUGGGGGACUAGGAGCAGGGCUACCACAGGCCUUACUGGGGACCUCCUCCCACCCAGGCAUGGCUAAGUAGAGUGACCAGCAGUCCCCAGCUGCCCCGGGGAUGGAAUGGGCUAUAAGGACGCUUGGGCAAAUGCUAUCCUGCCCCAAGUCCUGAAAUCACCCUCUGCAGUCUCCCCUGUACCCCAAGACCAGCCUGAGGAUGCUGGAGGAGGGUGGAAGAGGAAGACAGUAUGUGUCAGGACUCUGAGGUGUGGAAUGGACCCAAAGACCAUCUGCCCAAGACCCUGAUAACUGGCAACAAAACUUCCAUGCACUAGAGGCAGUGUUUCACUUCCAGCAUCCCACUCCACGGGCACCACCUGCCCAGCUACCGAUGCCUCUGACCUCGCCAAUGACCCAAAUAACCUGUGGUGUCUUUUGUGGAAACAGCAGUGCCAUUACUAACUUAGAGUCUAAAAGCAUCAAAUCCCUAACAGAAUGGAGCCUGAUAACGUCUAAAGAUGGAAGAAGGAAAAUCCUGCUGCAAGCCUCCUCAUAAACACCCACAUGCAUCUCUGACUAUCCUGAGGCUCAUUUCCACCACCACUACCAUUGUCAGUGUUCUGAAGUCCAGGAUCCUUCCAUUUCCAGGCAAGAAUUCACCCUUGGUGUCACCUCAGUCAAGGAGUCAGUUGGAGAAUUGAAGGCUGCCCUCUGCUCUUGAGCACGGGCUCUCUGUAGCUCUGGACCCCCUGGCAGGACUGAAGCAGGAGCAGAGUGGAGGCUGUUACCAAGACCAGACCACCACCACCCCUGGAGUCUGCAGGGGUCUUAGCAGCUGAGACCUCCCACUGAAGCUCCCACCUCAUUUCCUCCACACAGCCCCUGACUUGUGGCAAUACCAAUCUGUGCCUCAGUUUUCUCUUUGGAAAACCUCUGCCUUCUUUCCCGACUUUUUGGAAAGUUGAGAAUUUGAAGGGGUCUGUGCCUCUACCUACCUAGAAACAAAGCCAGCCCCCAAGCUGGAAAAGGAGCUCCUAGAAGGAACUUCCCUUCCCAGGCUUCCCAGCCGGAGUCUCAUCCUUCUGAGGAGGGUCAGCCUGGAGCAUGCAUCAGGAUGGGAUCAGCAGCAUGAACCAGCUGGGGGGGCUCUUUGUGAAUGGCCGGCCCCUGCCUCUGGAUACCCGGCAGCAAAUUGUGCAGCUAGCCGUCAGUGGAAUGCGGCCCUGUGACAUCUCACGGAGCCUUAAGGUAUCUAAUGGCUGUGUGAGCAAGAUCCUAGGGCGUUACUACCGCACAGGUGUCUUGGAGCCCAAGGGCAUUGGGGGAAGCAAGCCACGGCUGGCUACACCUGCUGUGGUGGCUCGAAUUGCCCAGCUGAAGGGUGAGUGUCCAGCCCUCUUUGCCUGGGAAAUCCAACGCCAGCUUUGUGCUGAAGGGCUUUGCACCCAGGACAAGACUCCCAGUGUCUCCUCCAUCAACCGAGUCCUGCGGGCAUUACAGGAGGACCAGGGAUUACCGUGGACACAGCUCAGGUCACCAGCUGUUUUGGCUCCAGCUCUCCUCACUCCCCAUAGUGGCUCUGAGACUCCCCGGGGUCCCCACCCAGGGACCGGCCACCGGAAUCGGACUAUCUUCUCUCCAAGCCAAGCAGAGGCACUGGAGAAAGAGUUCCAGCGUGGGCAGUACCCUGAUUCAGUGGCCCGUGGAAAGCUGGCUGCUGCCACCUCUCUGCCUGAGGACACAGUGAGGGUCUGGUUUUCCAACAGAAGAGCCAAAUGGCGUCGGCAAGAGAAGCUCAAGUGGGAAAUGCAGCUGCCAGGUGCUUCCCAGGGGCUGACUGUACCAAGGGUUUCCCCAGGAAUCAUCUCUGCACAGCAGUCCCCUGGCAGUGUGCCUACAGCAGCUCUGCCUGCCCUGGAACCACUGGGUCCCUCCUGCUAUCAGCUGUGCUGGGCAACAGCACCAGAAAGGUGUUUGAGUGACAGCCCACCUAAAGCCUAUCUCAAGCCCUGCUGGGACUGUGGCUCUUUCCUCCUUCCUGUGAUUGCUCCCUCCUGUGUGGACCUUGCCGGCCCUGCCUUGACGCCUCUCCGGUGCAUCACCUGAUUGGAGGGGCUAGUAAAGCAUCAUCCACCCACUUCUCACACUGGCCUUAAGAGGCCUCCACUCAGCAGUAAUAAAAGCAGUUUUUAUUAGCAG